AUGUCUAUUGCAAUUCUUGGUACACAAAUUACGCUUUGGUGUUUUGAUGCACGAUAUAAUUGUAAAUUCAAAGUAUCUAUCGGAGAUAGUAAUGACAUUGACGACCUCAAGGAAGCUAUUAAGGAGAAGAGACGACCACGCUAUGAUGCUUCUGCAUCUGACGAAUUUAAACUGUGGAGAGUUAACACGGAUCAAACUAUUUCCGAAGAAAUACUAAACGACGAAUUAGAGGAUACAGCGAAAACAAUUAAAGAAACUUUUGAUGUUAUCCAAGGAGGUAACAUUCGAGUUGUAGUUAGAGUUCCUGAUACUGGGCCUCGCACUUUUGCGUCUUCCAAUAGGAUACACCAUGAUAUCAACUUUUACAUUGAACCUAAAAUAAUGAUCAAAAAGUUG